AGAAAAUAAGUCCCGGUCGACAGUCGACCAUUGGUAAAAUGGCAGAAAAGACCGAAGAGUACUGGCGAUCAGUUCUUGGAAGACUCAAAGGACGCAAGGCCGAGCCGGACAAUUCCCAGCGUACCGAAGGCAUCAUCAUGAAUCUGAACCGAAUCUACGACACCGCUGAGGAUCUAACAUCUGUCUUUCUCGACCCAUCCGAAUACAGCAGUCUGUCUAUCAAAUGCGAGGAAUUGAAGCUAAAAGACAAUGGCUCCUACGCUCUACUGCCACAACCGUGCUUCUUCAAGCCUCUGUCGCUGAGAAACAUUCUUUCUCACCCCGUCAACAGACACGCAAUGUGCGAGAGGGACCGCAAUUACCAGGACAUCUUUGACAAGGCUAUUGAGAGCUUUGGACCCCUCAAGUCAACACCUAUCGAGGCUGCGGAUCUGCUCUGCUCGCGACUGAGCUGGGAAGUUGCGGGAUAUCCAAGAGUAGGAACAGAUUGCGGGAAUAGUACUCUUUUUUCACUCGCGAAAUGGGCUACGAGGAACUUCACCGCGAAUGGAGUGUUCUCGGAUGUAUUCGAAGAUACGCUUUUCAAUUCAAACGAGCCACCCUGGAACCCAGUUGAAGCUUACAAGCUUCCAGAGGAAUAUCCCCAUACUAUGUUUACAAUGCGACACGAUGUUCAAGGGGAGGAAGAAUUACUGCGUGGAGAAGUCCUGGCGAUUGUCGCAGCAAUGAGUACCAGGAUGAAACUCUACUCAUCAUCAGGGCAUUUAUAUAUACCCGUCCUAGUUUUCUCCUUUAUGGGAAAGCAGCACGGAAGAAUUCUUCAAGCGUAUUACAAUGGGACCGCGGUUGUCAUUCGAAUGACAAAGCUUUACGAUUUCACAACUGCAGCGAAUGCCAGGAAGCACUUGCAGCUUUUCGCGCAGCAUAUGGCAAACAAUCCAACUGGUAACACCAAGGAUUGGGUGACGUAUGAGUGAUCCUCAUUGCGCUGAGAAGGAUCAAAUAUCGCC